AUGGCGACCAAUAGCAAAAAGUAUAACGAUGUGGAUCCCGCUGAAAUGGACAACAAAAGCAACUAUGAAGGGGAGACAUUGGAAGUAAAGAAAGGCUUCUCGCGGCUUACAAUCCUUUCCAUGACGGUGGUGCUCAUGGCAACGUGGGAGGCGCUGUCCAGUACGAUGGUCUCUGCUCUUGUCAGUGGCGGGCCUGUCUCCUUAGUUUACGGGUACCUCUUGGCGGUUGUGGGAGGUCUCGCAACUGCGGCAUCUCUGAGUGAGCUUGCAUCCAUGUACCCGACCGCUGGAGGCCAGUACCAUUUCACAGCGAUUCUGGCUCCGAAAAGGCUCAAGAACAUGCUUAGCUGGGCGAUUGGGUGGAUAGGCACGUUCGGAUGGAUCGCUUUUGCCGCAAGCGCCCCCUUCUUCGCAGCGACGAUGCUCCAGGGCGUCGUGGUCCUCAACGACGAGACAUACGGCAUGGCCCGGUGGCAGGGAACACUGAUAUACUGGGCCUUUGUUGCGCUGGGCACAGUGAUCAACAUCUGGGGUAGUCGACUCCUCUCAUUGGUGGAGACAAUGGCCCUCGUCAUUCAUGUCUGUGCCUUCAUCGCAAUCUUCACCGUGCUCUGGGUAUGCUCGCCUGUCAAGCACUCCGCGGAAUUCGUCUUCACAACGUUCCUGAAUAAUUCCGGUUGGUCGAGCAGUGGACUUGCAUGGUCUAUCGGCAUGCUCUCUAGCUGCUAUGUAUUAACAGGCUACGACGGCGCCAUCCACCUCGGCGAAGAGAUGUCCAAUCCAGCAAAAGAAGUCCCAUUCUGCAUGUUGGGUUCGGUCAUCCUCAAUGGCGUCUUGGGCUUUGCCUUCCUCAUCGCCAUUCUGUUCUGUAUGGGCGACAUGGACGCAGCGCUGAAUACUACCACGGGGUACCCGAUCAUCGAAAUCUUCCGCAGCGUGACGGGUUCGCGAGAAGCGAGCAGUGCCAUGAUGGCGAUUGUGAUAUUGACUGCGGUGUUGGCCACGAUUGCGUUGAUUGCGUCCGCGUCAAGGAUGGUUUGGUCGCUCGCGAGGGAUAAGGCAUUGCCUUUGCACAAACAACUCUCGAAAUUGAAUGACAGGACCCAAAUGCCGACCGCAGCCAUACUCGCAACAAGCGCCGUCUUAGCUCUGCUAGGCGUGGUGAAUAUUGGCUCAACCACGGCACUCAACGCGAUCACGUCGCUUGCCGUCCUAGGGCUCAAUAUCUCCUACCUGGUACCGGUGUCCUUGAUGCUCUGGCGCCGUCUUUCUUCCGCCCAGGUCACACUUGCCUACGGCCCUUGGAGACUCGGUGCUAUAGGGGUACAUGUAAAUGUUGUUUCGGUGAUUUAUCUAAGCUACACGAGUAUCUUCAUGGUGUUUCCGCCAUACCAGCCGGUGACUGCGAAGAACAUGAACUACUCGAGUCUGAUCUUCGGGGCGGUGUUGAUAUUCAGUGGGAUAUACUGGGUGUGGCAGGGGAGGAAGCAGUAUCGGGGUCCUGAUAUUCACCUUCACAUCUAG